AUGCAAGAAACAGAAAUUGAUCUCCUUUUCCUCUUCCUCUCCCUUAUCCUCUUCCUAACCUUCAUGCUAGCCUUUUCCCUCCGCCUAGUUUUCUCCGGCAAGGACCAACUGCCACCCGGGAGGACUGGCUUCCCUAUUGUAGGAGAGACCCUUGAGUUCAUGUCCAUGGGCCGAAAGGGCACCCCAGAGAAGUUCUUCAAGGAGAGGAUGGCCAAGUAUUCUCCUGAAGUUUUUAAGACCUCGCUGAUAGCUGAGAAGACAGUUGUGUUUUGUGGAGCUUCUGGGAACAAGUUUUUGUUUUCCAACGAGAAUAAACUGGUGACAUCCUGGUGGCCGAGAUCGAUCGAGAAGAUUUUCCCGUCUUCUACACAAACUUCGACUUAUGAAGAGUUGCUCAAGACGCGCAAUCUUCUCCUCCGAUUCUUGAAACCCGAGGCCCUUCAGAAGUAUGUUGGUACCAUGGACGUCGUCGCCAGGAGUCAUUUAGACACUCAUUGGAACAACCACAAGAAAGUCACAGUCUUUCCUCUAGCAAAAAAUUACACUUUUACCCUUGCAUGUUGCCUUUUCCUAAGCGUCGAGAAUCCCACCCAAAUCGCUAGAUUUUCCGACCCUUUCCAUUUAUUGCUCGCUGGAGUUCUAUCAGUCCCAGUAAACUUCCCGGGCACAAGGUUUAACAAGGCAAUAAACGCAACAAAAUCGAUAAGGAAAGAGCUGAUUCGGAUAAUCCGACAGAGGACGGCUGAUCUUGGGGCGGAAAUCGCGAUCCCUGGAAACGAUAUUCUAUCCCACAUGCUCAUUACCACGGACGAUAAUGGGCAGUUCAUGAAAGAAAUGGAUAUCGCAGACAAGAUCAUUGGACUGUUAAUUGCCGGUCAUGACACGUCAAGUGCUGCCAUUACUUUUAUUCUUAAGUAUCUUGCAGAGUUUCCAAAAGUCUACGAUAAAGUUCUUCAGGAGGUAGAAGAGUUGGCGAUGGAGAAGAAAGGCGAGGAUCUUCUGAACUGGGAGGAUUUGAAGAAGAUGAAGUACUGUUGGAAUGUGGUUAAUGAAGUCCUGAGAAUGGUGCCGCCGGUCCAAGGGACUUUCCGGGAAGCUUUAACAGAUUUUACUUAUGCUGGUUUCUCUAUUCCCAAGGGAUGGAAGUUAUAUUGGAGUGCGAAUACAACACACAAGAACUCUAAAUACUUUUCGGAGCCGGAGAAGUUUGAGCCAUCGAGAUUCGAAGGAAAUGGACCAAUUCCUUUCAGUCACGUGCCAUUUGGAGGGGGACCGAGGAUGUGUCCGGGAAAAGAGUAUGCGAGGUUGGAGAUAUUGGUGUUCAUGUAUAACAUAGUGAGGAGGUUCAAAUGGGAGAAGGUAAUUCUUGAUGAGAAAAUUGUGAUUGAUCCCAUGCCUAGGCUUGCCCAUGGUCUUCCCAUUCGUCUCCACCCACACUAAAUGAUGAAAGAAUAAUAAUGUUGCAUGUGUUUGUUUUGUUGUUCUAUUUC